AUGGAGAAUGACAGGCAUUGCGGCGCGAUCAGUUUGGCGCUCAAACCGACACCAUUCAAGGAAGGUGGAAUUCAUGGUUACCUCACUGUCUUUGGCUCCUUUCUCGCACUAUUCGCAACAUUCGGACAAAUGAAUGCUUUUGGAAGCUUUCAGCUUUGGUACUCAGAGCAUCAGCUUUCACAAUAUUCGCCUUCCGAUAUUUCAUGGAUUGGAUCUCUUCAGCUGUGGGUUUUCUUCUUCUCGGGUGGGAUAAUAGGUCGUUUCUUCGAUGCCUAUGGCCCGCGGUGGCUCCUCGUGCUGGGCACGCUCAUUUAUACCUUCAGCCUCAUGAUGACCUCGCUUGCCACAAAAUACUAUCAAUUCAUCCUCGCCCAGGGAGUCGUGUUCGGCAUUGGAGUCGGUCUUCUAUUCUACCCUUCCCUGAGCGCCGCUGCCACCCAUUUCUCUAAGUAUAGAGCUACUGCUGUUGGUAUCGCGGUCGCAGGCUCAAGCGUAGGCGGGGUCGUUUUCCCUCUGCUCCUUCAGCGCCUGUUCAACGAGGUCGGAUUUCCUUGGGCUGUUCGCAUCUCUGGCUUUGUGUGUUUGGCGUGCGGUGUCGUCGCCUGCCUCACUUGUACCAGCCGCUUACCACCGAAGAAGCCUGGCCCGUGGAUCGACGUUGCAUCCUUCAGGGACGUGAAGUUCAUGCUUUUUUCAAUCGGCAGUGGUACAUGCUGCUUAGGCAUAUUUGUGCCCUUCUUUUAUAUCGUCCAAUACUCUCAAGAUCAAGGAGUUUCUCAGCGACUCGCCUUCGACCUCUUGUCUGUUAUGAACGCAGGAAGCGUUUUUGGUCGUGUUCUUCCCGGAUACAUUGCGGACCUCGUCGGACGCUAUAACAUGCUCGCCCCAUUCGCCGUCCUCGCAGGAAUAUUCUCUCUCGCUCUUUGGCUCAAUGCUCACAAUGUGGCCGCUUUGACUCUUUACUCCGUCUUCUACGGAUUCUUCUCCGGCGCAUUCAUAUCCUUGAAUACCCCAUGUAUCGCCCAAAUUUCACGUAUGGAUCAGAUCGGCACUCGUAUUGGCAUGGCGUACAGCCUAUUGUCAUUUCCGUCCCUAGUCGGAGGUCCUAUCGCUGGUGCCAUCCUGACGCGGCAACACGGCGAUUUUUCUGGUCUUAUCAUUUACACAGGUGUCGCGCUCAUCAUAGGGGGGUUUCUUAUCCUAGCGGUCAAGCUGAUGAUCAAUCGCAACUUCUUUGCGAAAGUUUGA